AUGCGAUAUCGUUGGAGCAACCCAAGAGGUCUUAGUGGCAACAAGGCGGUUGCACUCUUAGGACUUGCAGGAGGGACCGCUGACGCAUAUGAUAUUGUAGUGUGCUGCGGCCAUUGUGUGUGGCCCCUCUGCGAUUUCCGUUUUCUGUCUUUCAGGCUGAAAGAGUGCUUCUUCCUUUUCUGUCUCUUUGUGCUGUUCGGUCGUACGGGCCCUCAAGAGACCUCGCCUCCGUCGCUAGUGCCGGUGCAGCAGGAAUAUCGCCAGCAGAGGGCUGCGCAUGGUCAACGAGAUACUCAAGAAGGCUGCCCUCAGGAUGAGGGACAGCCUGUUCGCUACGUUAUUCGGCAGCAUCGUCGCUAUCUUUUCAGCCGCAAAGCACAAACUUUCGUUCCCACCUACAGUGAACUGCCGGAGGUGAAGUGUGGCGCUGCGAAGGUGCAGGGAUGUGUGGAAGCCGGCGGCCUUGGGGAGGCGGAGGCAGCGGCGCUGCUUAAGAGCUGCGGUCCCAACACCGUUCCAGUCGAGCAGCCAAGUCUCAUUGAGCUUCUCAAGGGGGAAGCCCGAGACCCUGUUAAUUUGUUGCAGAUUUUUCUGCUGCUGAAUUCCUUGUUUUGGCGGAGUUACAUUUCCUCAUCUCUAUGGGUAUUGCUGGGGGUCUCGGCGGCCCUCAGGAAGGCUCUGCUGGCCUAUCGCAGCCAGCAGAGCGUCAGGGGGUUGCUGCAGACCUUAGAUACUCAGACUGUCUUGGUUCUUAGAGGCAACUCCCCCAGUAACCUCAAGGCUGCAGACCUUGUUCCAGGCGACGUGGUUCUACUGCAACAGGGGACAGCCUGUCCUGCAGACCUGUUGCUAGUACGAGGCUCUGCCGUUGUGGAUGAAGCGGACUUUACUGGAGAAGCAGCGCCGGUUGAAAGGAUCCCUGUAGAGGUCCUCUCUCAUCCCAAAGACGCGCACUCCCUCCAGCGCCAUGCUGAUUGCGAGACCGGGGCUCAGCGGCUCGCAAGGCUGCAUGCAAAUAGCCUCAUACAUGCGGGGAGCCGCAUUAUAGCCGUCACCGGCUGUGGGCUUGCUCAAGCAAAAGCAUCAACUCCGAUGAGCCACCCCGAAGGAGAAUCACCAGCGGCACAAGCACGCAACAUGCCGAGAGAGACGACUGAAGGGGAGGAGGAAGGAUCUGUGGCUGUUGGUGUUGUACUGCGAACGGGAGCUUCGACUUCUCGGGGCCAGCAAAUGCAGCGGCUGUUGUUUCCAUCCCUCGUGGGCCUCAAAUACGAUCUCCACCUGCCAGCUGUGUUUGUAAUUCUGCUCUGCUACGCCCUCAUAGUGGUCUUCACUAUCUGCAGCAACUCCCCUAACGCUACAGGGAUUGCAGGCUGGUUUUAUGCGGUGUCUACACUCUCCCAGCUGCUGCCUGUCUGGACCCCCGUGCUAUUGGCAUCUGCGCAAGCCGCCGCAGCCCGCCGACUGCUCUCCUCGGGGCUCCUCACUGCAGCCCCACAGCGUGUCGCAGUCUGCGGAAAGGUCAGAGUAGUCUGCUUUGAUAAGACAGGAACUCUUACGCAACACCGCCUUAAUGCACAGGUGAGCGCACGCAAUAAAAGCAGCUCAGUUGCAGGGAACCAGUCGGAACCUUCAACAAGCAAACACGUAGAGAAAACGGCAUUAUAUAGCACUCUGGGAACACAGCUGAGCGCUGCAGAGAGGGAUAAGCGCAAAGGCAAGACAUGUCGACCGCUUGCUAUCUCCAAACAGGAAUCAUACCCACACCAAAAGAGCCCAGUGGCGAGUUCCCUACAGAAAUUCGCGCGGCUCUGCAGGGCCAGUGCUGGCUGUUGCCACUCUUUGACAAUGUUCCACGGGGCUCAUGGAGAUCGUGAGCCAACCCUUGUGGGGGGAGCUUUGGAGAUUGAACUGCUGCGGGCGAGUGGCUGGCGGCUGAUGGACUCAUCCCCCCGCUGCGCAGCCUGCGGAAACGAGGUGGAGUCUCGCCGUCGCCGUGUGUUGGUAGAGGGGGAAGAUGCUACCACAUUAUCUGCUGUUGAGGCCGCAUGCGCUGCAGGAAAUCCGGAAGUUGCUGUUGCCUCUGGCGGUUUGGAGUGUCUGCGAGCCUUUCCGUUUGAUUUUCGCCUAAAACGACAAAGCUGUCUUCUCAGGGCCUCCCAUAAGACUUUGGCCUCCCUACUGCCACCCGAUCAUCCGGCUCUCAAAAACGCUUCAGCAGAGAGUCCCCCUCUGCUUGGGCUUUGCAAAGGCAGCCUCGAUGCCGUGGCUGCCCUCUGCCCUGGAGGCCUGCCCCAAGGCUGCCGGGAGGUGCAUGACAUGAGGGCAGCUGAAGGCGCCUAUGUUAUUGCUUUUGCAUGGAAACUCAUGCAUCCGCCUAGACUCAGCAGUGACGAAGAGCACAGCGGUGCAGACCUGGACACAGCAGACGAGCAACAGCAACACGAGGGGCAGCUGCAACAGACGCAGAAAGGGACUGUUUGCAGCAGCUGCACCGCCUUCGCUGCAGCAAAGCAGGUCACGCGUGAAGCUGUUGAAUCUGAUCUUACGUUUCUGGGAUUGUUGCUUCUAUCGAAUGAGCUGCGGGCCGAUGCAAAGGAAACAAUCAUGCAGCUGCGAGAAGCCCGCGUGAGGCCUGUGAUGGUCACGGGGGAUUCUAUAUUCACUGCUGCUGCUGUUGGCAUGCGGUGCGGGAUGCUGACAGCUGCACCAACCGCAGCACAGAGAGAGACUAUGCACGGCUCGGACAUGGUUCUCAGAGAGGGAAAUGUCAAGGUGGGGUCAUCAGAACAGGAACCAGCGUUGCUGCUCGGCGAGGCGGCGCAAGGUGCCACUUGCGUGGUCUGGACAGACCUCCGGACUCGACGAGAAAUCCCGCAGACAGAGGUGUUAUCAAAGCCAGAGAUUUGGCCGGAGCUGGCCAUCACUGAGGGUGCCUUCGAUAUCCUUAGGAACGAGCCGCUGCUGCUGGGCGUUGCUGCGACAACGAAAAAGCAGCAUCAGCACACGGAGGAAGAAAACUUGGAGGAGAACCCUCUGCUUUUAGUCAACGGGGAAAAGCCACAGCGGCAUGACAACGAGAAGCAGUUCCCUACAGGUUCUGUGCUUGAUGUGUUACUAAUGCGCAUUCGGAUCUUCGGACGCACGACUCCAAAUGGGAAGAGCAGAGUAGUGCGGGCCUUUAUGGACAGCGGCCUCUUCGUGCUGAUGUGCGGCGAUGGUGCCAACGACUCUGCAGCACUGAGAACAGCUCAUGUGGGCCUGGCCCUUUCUAAGUCUGCUGCAUCCAUUGCGGCUCCAUUCACUGCCACUUCAAUGCGACCCUCGGCGGUCAUCAGUCUUCUCAAAGAGGGACGUUGCAGCCUUGCGACGUCGCUGGCAGCGUAUAAGUUCAUGGUGCUCUAUGGACUACUGCUCUCAAUGGCAAAGGUGGUCCUCCUAGUGGCUGCCGGCGGCUCCUGCAUGAGUCAAGUACUCUACCUGACGGUGGACGUGGGCGUUUUGCUGGGCAUCAGCAACCUAAUGGUCCUUGCGCGGCCUAAGGAACAACUAAGAAUCCGCUCACCCACCUCCAGUUUGCUGGGGCCUACGACCAUCACGUCUCUCUGUCUGAUGCUCGCCAUAAAUGCCGCCUUUCUCGUCACGCUUUACUGUCGGUUGCUGCAGAAAGGGCUAGGAAUGGACCUGGGGUAUCUCCAAGAGCUCCCGCGACAAGCUUGGUGGAUGCGGAGUGACAACUACGAGGCCGCCAGUUUGUCAAUUUGGGUGACAGCGCAGCUCGUCAACGCCGGGAUGGUCUUCUCGCUCGGCGGCACUCAUCGCAAGCGCCUCUGCAGCAACUGGCCUCUAAUAGCGUACGGCGACUCCUUCCACACGUACUUCUCUACCGCAGCUUCCGUUGGUGCCACUGCUGCCACUGCAUUUGCUGUUCCCAGUUCUCUCUUCUGUAAGAGCACCGAGGCUUCCUCCUCAGGCCUCAGCUGUGCGCAGCUGCACAGCGGAUCCGCUAAGAGCAGUGUCGAAGAGCUCAAAACCCACUGGGUGGUGCAAAUGCGCAAACACAUUAUACGGGCAUUCUUCUGGAAUCUAGUGAUGCCCUCUGUCCUUUUCAGAGUUUGUUGUGGUCUCCACGCGCUUUUAAUCGGCUUGGUCCUAAUGCCGCCAAAUACCUUGGGGUGCCUGUACCGCAUCAACUGCACUGACGAACUCUCCCGCUCACUAGACCUGCCUCUCCCAGCAUGGGCCUCAAGAGCGGCAACCCGCAUGCCCCUCUACAAUCCCCAAGGCCAUACGCUUUUCCCAGCUUCCUGGAAGGCAAGCAGUGAUAUAGGGUGUCCCCUGCACUUCCGGGUAGCAAUUCCUCUUGUGUCAGCACUAUAUUCUUGCUUCUGA